AUUGGAUUAUUGGAAAUCUCAGGAAAUGUGCAACAUGGCGAAUAUUAGCGUCAAGAAGUGAAAGAUCAAAGUGAUAUUAAAUUUGAAAACAAUGCUCGGACAGACAGGAAUAUACCCGUUUGGACAUAUUAAUCUGUGAUCGAGGUUUUAGCCAAAUAAUGGGUGCCAUUCUCAAACGAUGGAGGCGUGAGGAAUCUGCUGAAAAAGAAUUGGAGUCUUUGCAAGAGCAACUCCACAAACUCGAGUCUGCCAGACAAAAAGAUGAACAGUUCUAUCAACGAUUCAUUGGUCGUCUAAUGUUUUACUCCAUUAUGCUGUACAUUGUAUCAGCUGUGGUUAUGUAUUUCUACUAUUUUCCAAAGCAGUGGAAAGACAGAAUUACAAGAAUUCUCCCAUUAUUGAUUUUCCCCCUAAUAAUUUAUGGAGUAAGGAGAACACUUAUGUAUGUGUUUAGUACAAGGAAAAAGAAAAAUGCACAAAAGCUUGAAGAACUUCGAUCUAAAAAGCAGAAAAUUAUUGAAGAUGUAAAGGAAAAAGAAACCUACAAAAAAGCAAAAGAAAUUCUAGAGAAGUUUGACCCUGAAAACAGUCUUGUGAAGAACGAUGCUAAGCAACACACCACUAACGGAAAAAUGCCUUGUGUCACUCCAGGCACUGAAGUUAGACAACGAAAUGUUCCCAGAGCUAUGUCGACACCCAACUCGUCAUUUUCUCAAAAACCAGUUCCCUUUUCUGCAACACCUAAAGUACAAAUGAUGUCCCCACUGCGAGGAAUGAGUCCUGCAAUGCAAAGGCAAUUCUUCAUCAAUAACAUGCCUCCUGGAACUCCUCCUGGUCCACCACAGCCUAUACCAGUUUUACCAAAAGAAAGAACGAUGGCUGAUAAGUUCGUAGACUACCUCGUUGGCGACGGGCCCAGCAAUCGUUACGCUUUGAUAUGUAAAGCAUGUCACUCGCAUAAUGGAAUGGCGCUGAAAGAAGACUUUGAAUAUACAACUUUCCGUUGCUGCUAUUGUUACCAACUGAAUGAAGCGAAAAAGCAACGUCCUUCAGCUCCACCACUGGAGGGAUUUUCUACUCCAGAACGAAAAUUUUCCACAGAUGAUACAACUAUAAAUGAAGAACCCUACCAUGAGACAGAAAAUGUUGAAGAAACGAUAGAAGAUAACUCUGAUAAGACCCUCCCGGAAUCUUGCUCUGAAGGAAAAGAAGCGGAGAAUAUCCAAGCAGUCCAAGAAAACCUUUAAUAUUCAUGCUCUUAAAAAUCUUCAACUUUGCCAUAAUACUAGCUUCCAUUACAAUCUUAAUCGCGCGGAAAAAUUGUCGUGCCAUGGGAGAUUCGCGAGAGAAAUUGCACAAUAAACAUUUCAGAUUUUCAGUAAGUUAUUUAUAUUAUGAUCUGCUAAGAAAAAAAGUCGAUGUUCUGUUUUGCGAAACGAAAAGAAAUUUCACAAUGACCGUCAACCAUGUUAAUUUCCUAGGCUAUAACAGCAGCACUUAUUUUACAAUAUGCAGUAUGAGAUUGAACGACUUCUGCUUCCUGAUCCUUUUUUUAUAUACUAGUAGAAGCGCAUUAUAACUCAGAACACAGUGGUGUUCGUAAAGGUCUAGGCCCGCCCAAUUUCAGGGAAUUUUCUGUAAGAGGAAGCCCUGUUGGUUUCUUUAGCCAUUUGGCAUGGACUUUCUUUCGCCUUUGCAAAAGUAACUCCAUGGACAGAAAGUUGAAGUUUUGUCGUUAUCGACUAUAUUUCGUCACAAUUUGGAAUACUGGGGCCGUUGUAUGAAAGCCGGAUAGCGCUAUCC